AUGACAACUUCCGCUCCCGUAUUGGACCCUUUACAGUCUCCGCCGCCGCCGAUGCAGAUGCAGAUGGGGCAGCAGGAAUACACCGCGCAUUCGGGUCACGGGUCGGUGGGGCCCGUAAUCGGAGUUCUGGCGGUUAUAACGAUUCUCGGCGCCAUCGCAAUCAUGAUUGGGCGGCUGUGUUCGGGGCGGGGCAUAAUGGGCCACGCCCAGUACGAUUUCGAGAGAUGGGUCGAGACCAAAUGCGCCUCCUGCAUUGAUGGCCGGGUCGACCCGCCUCCGCCCCGGGUCGUCGUUGAGCACCGCGUCAGCACUUCGUCGGGAGACGGCGCCAGGGCCGCCGCGACGGAAGAGAGUAAUGAGAGCCAUCAUCAUCAUCAACAACAACAACAACAACAACAACAUGAGUAG